CUCCUUGUAUCUCUUAUCCAAUCUUCAAAUAUGUACAAGUAGAAGUAGCUAGCUUCUCUCUCUCUCUCUGCCUCAGACCGCAGAGUACAACUCUAGAAGCAGCAAUGGCGCUCUUAAUUUCACAUUCAGCACCUACUACGGCGUACAUUAGCUGCUCCGCCGCUUCCCGGAACUCCUCAAUUUCCUCCCCGCCCCUUCUAAAAAACCUAAAAUUCCCUCGUUUCUGGCCAUGGCAAAAGGUAAAAAUAGGGCCGAUGAAUGUAUCGCCGAUGGGGUUUGGGACUUGGGCGUGGGGUAAUCAGCUGUUAUGGGGUUACGAAGAAUCCAUGGACGAUGAGCUUCAGCAGAUUUUUAAUCUCGCCGUUGAGAGUGGGAUCAAUUUAUUUGAUACGGCUGAUUCCUACGGCACCGGUAAAUUGAACGGACAAAGCGAGAAGCUUCUCGGCAAGUUUAUCCGCAACUUUCAAGGAAAUAAGCAGGCUCGAGAUAACAUUGUGAUUGCGACAAAGUUUGCUGCAUAUCCAUGGCGAUUAACACCAAAUCAAUUUGUGGCUGCUUGCGAGUCAUCGUUAGAUAGGAUUCAAAUCGAGCAAAUCGGAAUAGGACAACUGCACUGGUCAACAGCAAAUUACGCUCCUCUGCAGGAACGAGCUCUUUGGGAUGGUUUAGUGGCAAUGUAUGACAAGGGAUUGGUAAAAGCAGUUGGAGUGAGUAAUUAUGGACCCAAGCAGCUACUAAAAGUACACGAGUAUCUCAAGGCCCGAGGGGUGCCCCUCUGCUCAGCUCAGGUGCAAUUUUCACUGCUGAGCAUAGGAAAAGAUCAGAUAGAGAUAAAGAAUAUAUGCGACUCUUUGGGUAUUCGUGUCAUUGCUUACAGUCCGUUGGGACUCGGCAUGCUUACUGGAAAAUAUAGUGCUAACAAUCUUCCAAACGGACCACGGGGUCUUCUAUUUCGACAAAUUUUACCAGGACUUGAGCCACUGCUCAAUUCUCUCAAAGAAACUGCGCAAAGAAGGCGAAAAACCGUAUCUCAGGUUGCUAUAAACUGGUGCAUUAGCAAAGGUACGAUUCCAAUUCCAGGAGUGAAGUCAAUGAAACAAGCUGAGGAAAACUUAGGUGCCCUUGGCUGGCAACUCAGUUCAGAUGAGUUGCUGCAGUUGGAAUAUGCGGCUGCUGAAUCUCCACGUAAGAUGGUUCAAAACAUAUUUCAGACAAGAUAAACAGAGAAGAGAAGCUCUUACUCUGGCGGCUUAUAUGCCCACAUGAUUCAUGUCGAACAAAAUUAUAUUUGCCCGAGCUUUAAAUGUUUAUCGAAAAAGAGUGGUUCAUUUUGAAUGCAAUAUCGAACGUGUUGCAAUGGUU